AGCUAGAGACCCUUAAAGAUUUUAAAAGAGAGACGGAGUCAGACAGUUUGACAGUCACUCACUGAGCUUUGCAUCGCGUGCGCACAGACACAACUUAUCCGCUGUGCGUCAGGACUGCAGUCGUUCGCGCCACUCUCCCAUCCGUUCCCAUGUUUAGGAUGCUACAAACACCACAGCUCCGUCAAGGCGUGAUUGCACUUUUUAUGUGGUUCACUCACUUUAUGGAGGACUACAAAGUCCAGGCGGGUAACUGCUGGUUGCAGCAGGGAAAGAACGGCCGGUGCCAGGUGCUCUACAUGUCCGGGAUGACCCGAGAGGACUGCUGCCGGAGUGGUCGUCUGGGCACCGCAUGGACCGAGGAAGAUGUGCCCAACAGCACGCUGUUCCGAUGGAUGAUCUUCAAUGGAGGCGCGCCUAAUUGCAUACCUUGUAAAGAAACAUGCGAUAGCGUUGACUGUGGUCCUGGGAAGAGAUGCAAGAUGAACAAGAGGAACAAGCCCAGGUGUGUGUGUGCUCCAGACUGCUCCAACGUCACAAGGAGGGGGUCCAUCUGUGGGUCGGAUGGAAAAUCCUACAAGGAUGAGUGUACAAUGCUCAGGGCCCGCUGCAGGAACCAUCCUGACCUGGAGGUCCAGUACCACGGACGCUGCCGCAAGACGUGUCACGGAGUUCGCUGCCCUGGCUCUGCGUCGUGUGUCGUGGACCAGACCAACAAUGCCUACUGUGUGGCCUGUAAUCACCAGUGUCCAGAGGUGAAAUCCCCUGACCAGUACCUGUGUGGCAACGACGGCGUUGUUUAUGCCAGCGCCUGUCAUCUGAGGAGAGCCACGUGCAUCCUGGGAAGGUCCAUCGGCGUGGCGUACGAAGGGAAAUGCCUUGACGCCCGGUCAUGUGGCGACAUCGUGUGUCGGGGAGCGAAAAGGUGUCUGUGGGAUGAAGCGAGUGGCCGCGGACGCUGCUCUGUGUGUGACGAGCCAUGUCCGGAGAGUCGCCCGGGUGAGAGUGUGUGCUCCAGCGACAACAACACCUACCCCAGCGAGUGUUCCAUGAGGCAGGCCGCAUGCGCUCAGCAGCGUCACCUGGAGGUCAAACACUCAGGUUCCUGCAACUGUUUAAACCAGGUUUAAACCAUCACCCCACUGCCCAGCCCAGCCCCCCUCUCAGCCUCCAGCCUCUCUCAUAACCACAAUCACUUUUCUUUAUGUCCCGUACUCUGGUCCAUGGAAGAAGAGAAGCAGACUGUCAGUGAAUCAAGUGAAGGAAAAUUUGAUUCAUGUUGCAGUUGGAUUCUGUGCUGUUGUUAGGGUCAAUGGGGCGGUGGUUAGAGCAUUGGACUAGUAGUUAGUUAGAGCGUUAGUAGUGGUUAGAGCGUUGGACUAGUAACUGAAAGGUUGCAAGAUCGAAUCCCCGAGCUGACAAGGUAAAAAUCUGUCGUUCUGCCCCUGAACAAGGCAGUUAACCUACUGUUCGUAGGCCGUCAUUGAAAAUAAGAAUUUGUUCCUAACUGACUUUCCUAGUAAGAUGAAAUAAAAUAAAUAACAAAUUAUGCUUAAUUUUGCUGUGAGAUUCUGUGCUGUUGUUAGGGUCAAUGAUGCUUAAUGUUGCAGUGAGAUUCUGUGCUGUUGUUUGGGUCAAUGAUGCUUAAUGUUGCAGUGAGAUUCUGUGCUGUUGUUAGGGUCAAUGAUGCUUAAUGUUGCAGUGAGAUUCUGUGCUGUUGUUAGGGUCAAUGAUGCUUAAUGUUGCAGUGAGAUUCUGUGCUGUUGUUAGGGUCAAUGAUGCUUAAUGUUGCAGUGAGAUUCUGUGCUGUUGUUAGGCUCAAUGAUGCUUAAUGUUGCAGUGAGAUUCUGUGCUGUUGUUAGGGUCAAUGAUGCUUAAUGUUGCAGUGAGAUUCUGUGCUGUUGUUAGGGUCAAUGAUGCUUAAUGUUGCAGUGAGAUUCUGUGCUGUUGUUAGGGUCGAUGAUGCUUAAUGUUGCAGUGAGAUUCUGUGCUGUUGUUUGGGUCAAUGAUGCUUAAUGUUGCAGUGAGAUUCUGUGCUGUUGUUAGGGUCAAUGAUGCAACUGCUAGUAGACAAUUUGUUCUUCCAUAUAUUCGUCAUCAGACAGGGAAGCUUGAGGAAGAGGGGAAGGAAGAAGAGGAGAAAGAAGAGCAGGAAUACUAGGAUUUUCUUCAUCAAUAUGUCCUGGAAUACAACGUUGAUGAUAAACCUUAUAAUAGCUGAAUAUUGUUUCAGUUCAGCCACAGAAUACUGUUCAUAUUGUAUAUAAAGUGUAUGCUUAUUUAUUUUCCAUGGAAGAGAAAUAAGCCAGGGUCUCCCGAACUCUGUCCUCGGGACCCCAAGGGGUGCAUGUUUAGGUUUUUGCGCUAGUACGACACAGCUGAUUCAAAUAAUCAACUAAUCAACAAGCAUUGGUCGUUUGAAUUGACUGUGUAUUGUUAGGGCAAAAACCAAAACAUGCAGCCCUUUGGGUGCCCAGGACCGAGUUUGAGAAACCCUGGCUGAACUAAGCAGUCGUAUAUUUGAAAUCUUGUAGGUGUUGUUUACUUGUAUGUAUUUAUAUAUUUUGUUUAUUAUUUAUACAUUAACAGUGUCCGUCUGUCUUACUGUAUACCUAAUGUCUCUUGCAUUUUAUCCAAAGAGAAAAUGUAUUAUUUAUUUGAGGUGCAAUACUACCCACAUUGAUGUUCUUGUUCUGUAAACUCCUGCAAUGCAUUCUCUGAGCUGUACACAUCUGCUUAUUGUGGGCAAGAUUUGGAUUUACCCCUUCUUGCAACAUUGUGAAAUGUUGGCUAGCGUGUUUAGUGUGUUCCAGUUUAUUUUAUGGAGAACUUGUUGCUCACCAAUGUAUAUACCCUAGUGAGAGAAAGGUUUUGUUGACCCAAAGCUGACCUAAAUGGCUUUGUCUAGUCUUUUGUUGAACCAGAGUUACCCGUCCUAGUCCCACUACAGUGCAUAGCGAUACUUUUAACGAGUCACUAUGGUCUCUCUCCCUUCAGAAAAUUACUAGCUUUGUUUAUUAAGGGGAGCAGGAUGGAUGCCACUAAAACAAUGUACAGUUGAUGUCGGAAGUUUACAUACACUUAGGUUGGAGUCAUUAAAACUUGUUAUUCAACCUUCUCCACAAAUGUCUUGUUAACAAACUAUAGUUUUGGCAAGUCGGUUAGGACAUCUACUUUGUGCAUGUCAAAAGUAAUUUAUCCAACAAUUGUUUACAAAAUGAUUAUUUCACUUAUAAUUCACUGUAUCACAAUUCCAGUGGGACAGAAGUUUACAUACACUAAGUUUACUGUGUCUUUAAACAGCUUGGAAAAUUCCAGAAAAUUAUGUCAUGGCUUUAGAAGCUUCUGAUAGGCUAAUUGACACCAUUUGAGUCAAUUGGAGGUGUACCUGUGGAUGUAUUUCAAGGUCUACCUUCAAAUUCAGUGCCUCUUGGCUUGACAUCAUGGGAAAAUCAAAUUAAAUCGUUCAAGGACUCAGGAAAAAAAUUGUAGACCUCCACAAGUCUGGUUCACCCUUGGGAGCAAUUUUCAAACCCCUGAAGGUACCAAGUUCAUCUCUAUAAAUAAUAGUAUGCAAGUAUAAACACCAUGGGACCAUGCAGCCGCUCAGGAAGGAGACGCGUUCUGUCUCCUAGAGAUUAACAUACUUUGGUGUGAAAAGUGCAAAUCAAUCCCAGAUCAACUUCAAAAGACCUUGUGAAGAUGCUAGAGGAAACAGGUACAAAAGAUCUACAUCCAUAGUAAAACGAGUCCUAUAUCGACAUAACCUGAAUGGCCGCUCAGCAAGGAAGAAGCCACUGCUCCAAAACCGCCAUAAAAAAAGCCAGACUACGGUUUGCAACUGCACAUGGGGACAAAGAUCGUUCUUUUUGGAGAAAUGUCCUCUGGUCUGAUGAAACAAAAAUAGAACUGUUUGGCCAUAAUGACCAUUGUUAUGUUUGGAGGAAAAAGGGGAAUGCUUGCAAGCCGAAGAACACCAUCCCAACUGUGAAGCAUGGGGGUGGAAGCAUCAUGUUGUGAGGGUGCUUUGCUGCAGGAGGGACUGGUGCACUUCACAAAAUAGAUGGCUUCAUGAAGGAGGGAAAAUGAUGUGUAUAUAUUGAAGCAACAUCUCAAGACAUCAGUCAGGAAGUUAAUGCUUGGUUGCAAUUGGGUCUUCCAAAUGGACAAUGACAAAGGACAAAGGACAACAAAGUCAAGGUAUUAUAGUGGAUCUCACAAAGCCCUGACUUCAAUCCUAAAAUUUGUGGGCAGAACUGAAAAAGCGUGUGCGAGCAAGGAGGCCUACAAACCUGACUCCGUUACGCCAGCUCUGUCAGGAGGAAUGGGCCAAAAUUCACCCAACUUAUUGUGGGAAGCAUGUGGAAGGCUACCUGAAACGUUUGACCCAAGUUAAACAAUUUAAAGGCAAUACCACCAAAUACUAAUUGAGUGUAUGUACAUUUCUGACCCACUGGGAAUGUGAUGAAAGAAAUAAAAGCUUAAAUAAAUCAUUCUCUCUACUAUUAUUCUGACAUUUCACAUUCUUUAAAAAAGUGGUGAUCCUAACUGACCUAAGACAGGGAAUCUUUACUAGGAUUAAAUGUCAGGAAUUGUGAAAAACUGAGAGUAAAUGUAUUUGGCUAAGGUGUAUGUAAACUUCUGACUUCAACUGUAUUAUGUUUUAUACAAUGUCUAAGUUGGAAUAAUUAGGUUUUUCAUGUUUUACCUUGACAAUGUUGGUUUUCAUAUUUCAUAAUGUGCCAAUUAAUACUCUUGUAGACUUUUAUGUGCCAAUCUAUUCCAGUGCGGUCAAUCACGUAAUUGAUAUCACUCCCUCUGUAAAUGUAAACGCAGUGUACCACAUAAUGUUCAUUACAUACAAUAUAUCACACUUAACCAUGUUGUUUUUCCUCACUCUAUCGAGGAAUAUUCAAGGAAAUCUGCAGCUGCUUGUUAAUAUAUUUGCUGUUUUGUCCUCAACAGAAAUGUGUUAAAAGUCAACAGCUGUUGCAUUUACAGCUGUGAUACAUUUCGAUGAAUAACCCCCUUGGUCUAUUUUGUUAUGUUGAAUAGAGAUUCAGUCAUAAAUAUAUAGUUUUGUAUUUUUUAUGUGAAUGUUAAAUGUACAUAAUAGCUAUGAUAUUACGAUGAUAUUUAUACAGGGCAGGAGAGUAAAUAAUAAAAAUAUGCUUUUUUUCCUCAAA